AUGAGCCGUGAGCUCUCCAUUGCCUCGCUACAGGCCUAUGACAGCGUGGCACAGUUCGCCGCUGCGUACCAACUUGGCGCUGCUGAAAGUGGAGCAGCAGUCAACCUCUUGCGCAACAUCGCCCCUUCUGUGAAGAAUGCGCUGACAGAGCUUGUGGCGCGCUUUACAAUGCCAAAAUUCCUGACUCAUGAACCGCUUGCCAGUGGGUGGUUCAACAACGACUACUGCUCGGGUACUGGAACACUUCAAUCUUGGAGCAAGGCCCUUACCAAUACUGAAGAAUUGGCCAAGCUGCUGGUGAGCCGAAUGGAGAAAGACUAUGUUGCAUUGGCUAUCAAAAUGAGGAAACCUUGGGGGAAAGAAGUUGAGCCUUGGAAAUGA